UGCUUUUGGUCCCUGUGGCAACAACAUCCAAACGCGGCGUGACGUCACUGCCGUGCUUUCCAUUGUCCACACCAUAACAUGAAGUAGCGGGGAGCCUCGAGCCUUUCCUGCAAAGUCUAAAUGGACCGCAGCUUGAAGAGGCGGCAGGUGAAGCCGCUCGCCGCUUCGCUCUUAGAUGCCUUGGAUUAUGACAGCUCAGACGACAGCGACUUUGAAGUGGGAGAUGCUUCAGGGUCGGACGGCACAGGGAAUGGCAGCGAUGAAGAGGGGUCCAAAGUGAGCGCAGACGGUUCAGACAGUGACUCUGAGGAUGCGACGUGUGCAGAUAAUGGGAUGGAUGAGGAGGCAAAGAGCCUGCCUGCUGAGGACCCCUCAAAUGAGGAUGAGGAGAAGAUCAAAGAGCAGCUCCCUUCCGACAUUCGUGACGCCCCCUCUGCUGCCCCCAGCAAAGGUAAACGAAAGAGCAAGAAGACCUCUGAGCUGGAGCCUCCUGUCGAACUGGCUGCCUCCCCACCCUCUGGAGGCGGAGCUAAUGCAAACGCAGACGAGUCUCUGGUUGAGCCCAAGAAAUGGAAUUUCCGCAGAAACCGGCCCCUGCUGGACUUCACCACCAUGGAGGAGCUGAACGAGAUGGACGACUAUGACAGCGAGGAUGAUAACGACUGGAGGCCUACGGCAGAGAAGAGGAGGAGCAAAGCAGCUGCUCAGAAGGGGGGCAUGGAGGAGGGGGAGGAGGGGGGCAGUGCCACCGACGACGAUGAUGACAAUGACGAUGAUGAAGACGAGGACGAUGAGGACGAUGACGAUGACAAAGAAGAUGGCGACGACAACAACAACAGCAGCAGCGACAGCGACAAAGACGCAAAAAAACCCAAGAAGAAAGUGAAGAGCAGCAGCGCGUUUGAUGAAGAGCUAACCAAUGACAGUAUGUCCCAAGGAAAGGGCAACGAGGAUGCUUUGCUGGACCGCUCUCAGACGUGGAACACUCAGCACAUUCUCAUCUGCUGCGUUUGCCUGGGAGACAACAGCGAGGACGCAGAUGAGAUCAUCCAGUGUGACAACUGUGGAGUGACCGUGCAUGAAGGUUGUUACGGCGUGGACGGAGAAAGCGACUCCAUCAUGAGCUCAGCCUCUGAGAACUCCACCGAGCCGUGGUUCUGCGACGCCUGCAAGAACGGAGUGACCCCCAGCUGUGAGCUGUGCCCCAACCAGGACGGUAUCUUCAAGGAGACCGAUGCCGGCAGGUGGGUCCAUGUGGUCUGUGCGCUCUACGUGCCCGGAGUGGCAUUCGGAGACAUCGACAAGCUGCGACCGGUGACCCUCACAGAGAUGAAUUAUUCCAAAUAUGGAGCAAAGGAGUGCAGUUUCUGUGAGGAUGCCCGCUUCGCCAGGACUGGCGUGUGCAUCAGCUGCGACGCCGGCAUGUGCCGAUCCUAUUUUCAUGUCACCUGCGCACAGAGAGAAGGGCUUCUGUCUGAGGCUGCAGCAGAGGAGGACAUCGCUGAUCCCUUCUUUGCGUACUGUAAGCAACAUGCAGACCGCUUCGACAGGAAGUGGAAGAGGAAGAACUACCUGGCCCUGCAGUCCUACUGUAAAGUUUCUCUGCAGGAGAGAGAAAAGCAGCUGACUCCAGAGGCUCAGGCCCGGAUCACCACCCGCCUGCAGCAGUACCGGGCCAAAGCAGAGCUGUCCAGGAACACUCGACCGCAGGCCUGGGUACCCCGUGAGAAGCUGCCCCGCCCUCUGACCUCCAGUGCCUCCGCCAUCAGGAAGCUGAUGAGAAAAGCUGAACUGAUGGGUAUCAGCACAGACAUUUUCCCUGUGGACACAUCUGACACCAACGCCAGUAUGGACGGGCGCAGGAAGCACAAGCAGCCGGCGCUCACAGCGGACUUUGUCAACUACUACCUGGAGAGGAACAUGCGUAUGAUCCAGAUCCAGGACAACAUCUCCGAGCAGAAGAACCUAAAGGACAAGCUUGAGAGCGAACAGGAGAAGCUACAUGUAGAGUACAACAAGCUGUGUGAGUACCUGGAGGAGCUGCUGAAUGUGAACGGAGAGCUGCGCAGUGAAGGCCAGGCCCUGUGGACUCUGCUGGGGGGCAUCCUUGGUCAGAAAUUAAACACUCCGGCCAUCCUGAAAGCACCAAAAGAGAGGAAGCCCAGCAAGAAGGAGGGAGGUAGCCCUGGGAAGUCCUCCAGUCUGCCAGCCAUCCUUUACAGCUGUGGCAUCUGUAAGAAGAACCAGGACCAACACCUUCUGGUGCUGUGUGACACCUGCAAGCUCUACUACCACCUUGGCUGCCUGGAGCCCCCCCUCACACGGAUGCCCAAAAAGACCAAGAACAGCUACUGGCAGUGCUCGGAGUGCGACCAGGCCAGCAGUGAUGAAGCUGACAUCGCCAUGGAAACGUUGCCCGAUGGCACAAAGAGAUCGAGAAGACAGAUUAAAGGACCAAUCAAAUUCAUCCCACAGGAAAUGUCUCCUGAACCCAAGAAGCAGCAGCUGAGGGGCUCGAGAACCAGAGGGCAGAAGAGGAAGAGAAUUCUCAAUUCGGAAGAAAGGGAGGACAGAGCUGAGGAAUCUCUUCCACGGGAGCGCAGGCAGCGACAGUCUGUAGUGCAGAAAAAACCCAAAGCAGAUGACACAAGGACUGAGUGUGCGACCUGCAAAGGGCCAGGCGACAACGAAAACCUAGUGAGGUUGUGAGAGCCGGGGCAGCCACCUCACCCCCCUCCCCCCCAUAAAAUGUCGGGACCGAUGACCGUUGGCUUAGAGACACAGAGAGGCAGAUUGAGGCGUUUGAAGAAUGAAGUCAGGCCGGAGAGAAGCUGCGCUCCAGAGCCGCCUGAUCCGAACCAGACCAGGAGCCGUCCAGCGAAAUCGAGCACAAGCACCUGCCCCCGAAACACAAAGCUGUGAAUGUUGGACCGAAGGAAAUGUUGGACAUAUGUGUGCUGUAAUCCAGGACUCACAGGAAGUGGCAAAGACUGAAAGCCAAUCGUAGCGUCAGACUUCCUGUUCUGCCUCCAGCUCUCCUCCUGACAGCAGAUUGAUUUGAAAGGAUGACAGGACUCAUGGAGUUUAGGUGUUCUGCCUUCAUCCUCCUUGCAGAUGCAGCAGCAGAAGCCCAUUCCUCCUUCAGGUCUGGAUCAUAGCGGGACGCAUCAGCUUCUUGUUUGUGGCUGAGGCUGUGGUUGGACUCUGCCUUCCUGCCUUGGUCUGUUCAAGUGCUUUGUAACCACAAUUGGUUCCGGUUGGGAUCCUGGUUUGGUCCUCUCUCUGCCUCUAGGUGCUCCUGUUCACUCAACAGAUGUAUAUCCUUCCACUGUUUACUUCUUUUCUGCCUGCAUGACUCCUAAUCAGUCCCAGUCGGUGUUAUUGAUCAAAGUUAUGCCGAAAAGUCGGUAUAAGUUUGAUGUGGAAACAUUUGACGCCCUGCUUUCCCGAACCACAGUGUUGUGUCCUCUUGUUAGUGUGUAUCAGGCUCUAGUGCGUACAUUUGUUGUAUUUCUGCUGCAUCAUGUGAAGCUGUGAUGACAGCAAACCUGGUUAGUUAGAAAUAGUAACUAAGUAACAUGUUUGUGCUCUGAAAAACUACAAUUUUGCAUCUAAGAACUGACAUGCCUCAUACUCAAGCCCGGUGUUGUCUUGCGGUCCUAGUGGACUGCUUUUUUUUGUCAAAGCAGCAGCUGCUGCCGUUCUGUCAGCAGGUGACAAGUGUCACGCCGUGCUCUCAUAUGUCACCCCGUCACAGUCCUGCAGGCUCGCUGCCGGGAUGCUCUGAUGCUCUCUGCCUCCUCUGAGGCUGAUGCAGCAACUCUGAGCGCGUCUGUAGAGACCGGCUGUCAGCGCAGGACAGAGUCCCACAGCCUGAUCUGUCAGAACAGGACGAAGGUCCAAAACCUGAUCUGCAAGAAAAGAACGGGGGUCCAGGACCUGAUCGGUCAAGACAGGACAGAAAUCUAGAGCCUGAUCUAUCAGAACAGGACAGAGGUCCAGAUCCUGAUCUGCAAGAAAAGAACGGAGGUCCAGAACCUGAUCGAUCAAAACAGGACAGAAGUCUAAAACCUGAUCUGUCAGAACAGGACAGAGGUCCAGAUCCUGAUCUAUUAGAACAAGAUCUGUCAGAAAAACGGUCUGUACUGAUAGUUUAGGAUCUGAACCUCUUUCCUGUACUGACGUUCAGAUCCUAAACUGUCAGUACAGACAGAACUCUAGAACCUGACCUGUCGGUUCCCUUCUGCAUGGGUUUAGCUGUUAUCUGUUUAGUGAUCAGUAGUGUAGAAAGUAGUUCAGUGGUCUUCUAGAAAUGUGAGAACCAGGAAGGGUGAGGAGGUGUACAGUAUUUAUUGAGAAAGUCAAACAAUAAUGUCUUUUUUAUUCGCUGCCUGUAGUUAACUUUGUGUGUUGAAGUGCUGUGAUCUAUCCAGGAGAAGCUGCCAUUGUUUACUGUCUUAGCCAAACCCGACUUUCAGAUUGUGUUUCUGAUGCCUGUGUUCUUAUCCUGAAGUCCAACAACGUGCUGUAUGUGAAGUGUCUCAGCUUGUGGCCUCCAGCUCUUGAAAAUGAAGCAGGGCUUUAAUAAACUCUUGAUUUUUUCACCUGA